GGAGGCUGGCCAUGGCAGGCUGCAGUGCGUCUAAGAGGCUCUCGGGGGGACGGCAGGUUGGUGUGUGGAGCGACUCUCAUCAACUCCUGUUGGAUACUCACCUCAGCUCACUGCUUUAAGAGGUAACACUCACCUCAGCUCACUGCUUUAAGAGGUAACACUCAGCUCAGCUCACUGCUUUAAGAGGUAACACUCAGCUCAGCUCACUGCUUUAAGAGGUAACACUCAGCUCAGCUCACUGCUUUAAGAGGUAACACUCAGCUCAGCUCACUGCUUUAAGAGGUAACACUCAGCUCAGCUCACUGCUUUAAGAGGUAACACUCAGCUCAGCUCACUGCUUUAAGAGGUAACACUCAGCUCAGCUCACUGCUUUAAGAGGUAACACUCAGCUCAGCUCACUGCUUUAAGAGGUAACACUCAGCUCAGCUCACUGCUUUAAGGACCCCCGCUUAAGGUAACACUCAGCUCAGCUCACUGCUUUAAGAGGUAACACUCAGCUCAGCUCGCUGCUUUAAGUGGUAACACUCAGCUCAGCUCACUGCUUUAAGAGGUAACACUCAGCUCAGCUCGCUGCUUUAAGAGGUAACACUCAGCUCAGCUCGCUGCUUUAAGAGGUAACACUCAGCUCAGCUCACUGCUUUAAGAGGUAACACUCAGCUCAGCUCGCUGCUUUAAGAGGUAACACUCAGCUCAGCUCACUGCUUUAAGAGGUAACACUCAGCUCAGCUCACUGCUUUAAGAGGUAACACUCAGCUCAGCUCACUGCUUUAAGAGGUAACACUCAGCUCAGCUCACUGCUUUAAGAGGUAACACUCAGCUCAGCUCACUGCUUUAAGAGGUAACACUCAGCUCAGCUCACUGCUUUAAGUGGUAACACUCAGCUCAGCUCACUGCUUUAAGUGGACACACACUCACCAGAACGGGGUUGAAGGACUGAAAUAUAUUAAUAAAUCAUAUUGGGAAUGUUUGCCUGGAGUGCCAGAUGGAUGGAGUCUGAGUUUUCAGGCUAUUCCAUUGGUCACGCAUCAUGUUCAAAUCCAUAGCAACAGGACGUAGGUGUUCUGAGGGCGCUGAUAAAAAUAAAUACAUAAUAAUUAGACCUUUAUUACUCCUGUGUGAGCGGAGAGAUGUCGUUACCUCUGACAGACACCACAACCUCAACAUUCAUCUAGUCACUUCAUCAACAUCUAGUUUAGAGAGACAGACACCACAACCUCAACAUUCAUCUAGUCACUUCAUCAACAUCUAGUUUAGAGAGACAGACACCACAACCUCAACAUUCAUCUAGUCACUUCAUCAAACAUCUAGUUUAGAGAGACAGACACCACAACCUCAACAUUCAUCUAGUCACUUCAUCAACAUCUAGUUUAGAGAGACAGACACCACAACCUCAACAUUCAUCUAGUCACUUCAUCAACAUCUAGUUUAGAGAGACAGACACCACAACCUCAACAUUCAUCUAGUCACUUCAUCAAACAUCUAGUUUAGAGAGACAGACACCACAACCUCAACAUUCAUCUAGUCACUUCAUCAACAUCUAGUUUAGAGAGACAGACAUCACAACCUCAACAUUCAUCUAGUCACUUCAUCAACAUCUAGUUUAGAGAGACAGACACCACAACCUCAACAUUCAUCUAGUCACUUCAUCAACAUCUAGUUUAGAGAGACAGACAUCACAACCUCAACAUUCAUCUAGUCACUUCAUCAACAUCUCGUUUAGAGAGACAGACACCACAACCUCAACAUUCAUCUAGUCACUUCAUCAACAUCUAGUUUAGAGAGACAGACACCACAACCUCAACAUUCAUCUAGUCACUUCAUCAACAUCUAGUUUAGAGAGACAGACACCACAACCUCAACAUUCAACUGACAGUUGAACAUACACACACACACACACAGCAGGUCUGUAGGUGUGUGUGUGUGUGUGUGUGUGUGUGUGUGUGUGUGUGUGUGUGUGUGUGUGUGUGUGUGUGUGUGUGUGUGUGUGUGUGUGUGUGUGUGUGUGUGUGUGUUUUAUAGGAAGGUAAAGUUGGGGGAGCCAAUUUUGAGUAUGAUGGAUAUCUCCAGGUUUCACAUGGUGUUUUGCGUAUGAUAAAUACUGUAUCUCUCAGCCCCUCCACAGAUUUUAUCUGGGAAAGAACAGCAGAGACAUUCCAAACCAAUUCCUAAAACCAGUUCCCACUCUGGAAAACUACACAUGCGCUGAACAAAAAUAUACACGCAACAUGCAACAAUUUCAAAGAUUUUACUGAGUUACAGUUCAUAUAAGGAAAUCAGUCAAUUGAAAUAAAUUCAUUAGGCCCUAAUCCUUGGAUUUCACAUGACUGGGAAUACAGAUAUGCAUCUGUUGGUCACAGAUACCUUAAAAAAAAGGUAGGGGCGUGGAUCAGAAAACCAGUCAGUAUCUGGUGUGACCACCAUUAUGCAGCGCGACACAUCUCCUUCACAUAGAGUUGAUCAGGCUGUUGAUUGUGGCCUGUGGAAUGUUGAAUAUCUCCCGAGUGGCGCAGUGGUCUAAGGCACUACAUCGCAGUGCUAGCUGUGCCACUAGAGAUCCUGGUUCGAAUCCAGGCUCUGUCGUAGCCGGCCGCGACUGGGAGACCCAUGGGGCGGCGCACAAUUGGCCCAGCGUCGUCCAGGGUAGGGGAGGGAAUGGCCGGCAGGGAUGUGGCUCAGUUGGUAGAGCAUGGCGUUUGCAACGCCAGGGUUGUGGGUUCGAUAAAAUAAUGUAUGCGCUAACUGUAAGUCGCUCUGGAUAAGAGCGUCUGCUAAAUGACUAAAAUGUAAAUGUAAAAUGUUGUCCCACUCCUCUUCAAUGGCUGUGCGAAGUUUCUGGAUAUUGGCGGGAACUGGAACACGCUGUCGUACAUGUCGAUCCAGAGCAUCCCAAACAUCCUCAAUGGAUGACAUGUCUGGUGAGAAUACAGGCCAUGGAAGAACUGGUGCAUUUUCAUCUUCCAGGAAUUGUGUACAGAUCCUUGUGACAUGGGGCCGUGCAUUAUCAUGCUGAAACAUGAGGUGAUGGCGGCGGAUGAAUGGCACGACAAUGAGCCUCAGGAUCUCGUCACGAUAUCUCUUUGCAUUCAAAUUGCCAUUGAUAAAAUGCAAUUGUGUUCGCUGUCUGUAGCUUAUUUCUGCCCAUACCAUAACCCCACCGCCACCAUGGGGCACUCUGUUCACAACGUUGACAUCAGCAAACCGCUCGCCCACACGACGCCGUACACGCUGUCUGCCAUCUGCCCGGUACAGUUGAAACCGGGAUUCAUCCGUGAAGAGCACACUUCUCCAGCAUGCCAGUGGCCAUCGAAGGUGAGCAUUUGCCCAAUGAAGUCGGUUACGACGCCGAACUGCAGUCAGGUCAAGACCCUGGUGAGGACGACGAGCACACAGAUGAGCUUCCCUGAGAUGGUUUCUGACAGUUUGUGUAGAAAUUCUUCGGUUGCGCAAACCCCACAGUUUCAUCAGCUGUCUGGGUGGCUGGUCUCAGAUGAUCCCGCAGGUGAAGAAGCCGGAUGUGGAGGUCCUGGGCUGGCGUGGUUACACGUGGUCUGGGGAGGUCCUGGGCUGGCGUGGUUACACGUGGUCUGGGGAGGUCCUGGGCUGGCGUGGUUACACGUGGUCUGGGGAGGUCCUGGGCUGGCGUGGUUACACGUGGACUGGGGAGGUCCUGGGCUGGCGUGGUUACACGUGGUCUGGGGAGGUCCUGGGCUGGCGUGGUUACACGUGGUCUGGGGAGGUCCUGGGCUGGCGUGGUUACACGUGGUCUGGGGAGGUCCUGGGCUGGCGUGGUUACACGUGGUCUGGGGAGGUCCUGGGCUGGCGUGGUUACACGUGGUCUGGGGAGGUCCUGGGCUGGCGUGGUUACACGUGGUCUGGGGAGGUCCUGGGCUGGCGUGGUUACACGUGGUCUGGGGAGGUCCUGGGCUGGCGUGGUUACACGUGGUCUGGGGAGGUCCUGGGCUGGCGUGGUUACACGUGGUCUGGGGAGGUCCUGGGCUGGCGUGGUUACACGUGGUCUGGGGAGGUCCUGGGCUGGCGUGGUUACACGUGGUCUGGGGAGGUCUUGGGCUGGCGUGGUUACACGUGGUCUUGGGAGGUCCUGGGCUGGCAUGGUUACACGUGGUCUGGGGUUGUGAGGCCGGUUGGACUUAUUGCCAAAUUCUCUAAAACGACGUUGGAGGCUGGUUAAGUUAUAGAAAGGAAAUUACAUUCUCUGGCAACAGCUCUGGUGAACAUUCCUGCAAUCAGCAUACCAAUUGCGCGCUCCUUCAAUUUGAGACAUCUGUGGCGUUGUGUUGUGUGACAAAACUGCACAUUUUAGAGUGGCCUUUUAUUGUCCCCAGCACAAGGUGCACCUGUGUAAUGGUCUUGCUGUUUAAUCAGCUUCUUGAUCUGCCACACCUGUCAAGUGGAUGGAUUAAUUUGGCAAAGGAGAAAUGCUGACUAACAUGAAUGUAAACAAAUUUGUGAACAAAAUUUGAGAGAAAUAAGCUUUUUGUGCGUAUGGAACAUUUCUGGGAUCUUUAAUUUCAGCUCAUGAAACAUGGGACCAACACUUUACAUGUUGCGUUUGUAUUUUAGUUCAGUGUAUAUAUGAUUCAGAUAAAGAUAUAGAAAGUCAUUCAACCUAAUAUGAUCAAUUAAAUGUCUAGAUUAGUGAAUUGCUGUAUGUCUAGGUUUUUAUUGUUAAGCCUUGUCCUGGACUCAAACACAUUUUCACAAUCUCUAUUGAAUUUAUUUUGGGUCCAGGAUUAGGUUUAAUCUGUAUGUAUCCGGGAAACCAGCCCUUGAAGCACUUUAUAAUUUAGAAUAGAGAUUAUAGAAUUGAUUCUACAGUUGACUGAUCAGGUUCAGAUAUUCCCUGGUUCUACAGUUGACUGAUAAGGUUCAGAUAUUCCCUGGUUCUACAGUUGACUGAUCAGGUUCAGAUAUUCCCUGGUUCUACAGUUGACUGAUCAGGUUCAGAUAUUCCCUGGUUCUACAGUUGACUGAUCAGGUUCAGAUAUUCCCUGGUUCUACAGUUGACUGAUCAGGUGUAGAUAUUCCCUGGUUCUACAGUUGACUGAUCAAGUUCAGAUAUUCCCUGGUUCUACAGUUGACUGAUCAGGUUCAGAUAUUCCCUGGUUCUACAGUUGACUGAUAAGGAUCAGAUAUUCCCUGGUUCUACAGUUGACUGAUAAGGUUCAGAUAUUCCCUGGUUCUACAGUUGACUGAUCAGGUUCAGAUAUUCCCUGGUUCUACAGUUGACUGAUCAGGUUCAGAUAUUCCCUGGUUCUACAGUUGACUGAUCAGGUUCAGAUAUUCCCUGGUUCUACAGUUGACUGAUCAGGUUCAGAUAUUCCCUGGUUCUACAGUUGACUGAUCAGGUUCAGAUAUUCCCUGGUUUUACAGUUGACUGAUCAGGUUCAGAUAUUCCCUGGUUCUACAGUUGACUGAUCAAGUUCAGAUAAAUAUUAAAGGGGAAAUCUGGGACUGGGACAUCCAUUUACGGGAUGGCUGUUUUGUUGUUCGAAUCCUAGAUUGUCCCUUUAAACUAGUGCAGUUUUAACAGGCCAUUAUUACAGAUUUAUCUGGAUUUUUUUGUUGUUAUUCUGUCUCUCACUGUUCAAAUAAACCUACCAUUAAAAUUAUAGACUGAUCACGUCUUUGUCAGUGGGCAAACGUACAAAAUCAGCAGGGGAUCAAAUACUUUUUUCCCCUCACUGUAUCUCUGCAGGCAAACACUCACAGUCUAAAUUGGGUACUUCCGAGUUUGAAGAGUGUCACCUUUCAAUACUGCUGACAGAAAUAGAGAUGGUACUCACACACACAUAGAAGCAUUCACACACACACACACACAAACACACACACUCAGAUGUAGACACAGGAAUAUGGAGAUGGUAUCGUCACCCCUAAAGAUACAACAGGUCAACUAACCACAGAUCUAGAGAACAACUAGAUAUUAUAUCAGUUAGGAAAGCAAACGGUCUGUCACCCAGAAUAGGAGAGAAUGUGUUCUGUUAAAUGUGUUCUGCUCUGGGAUGAUCACUGUGUGUGUGUGUGUGUGUGUGUGUGUGUGUGUGUGUGUGUGUGUGUGUGUGUGUGUGUGUGUGUGUGUGUGUGUGUGUGUGUGUGUGUGUGUGUGUGUGUGUGUGUGUGUGUGUGUGUGUGUGUGUGUGCACCUGUACGUGUGUGUGUGUGUGUGUGUAUAUGAGCUCUAUCUGUGGUGUGGUUGAAAGUUCUGCCAGGGAAGUGCGUAGGAUUCCCAGGUUCAAGUUCUGUUUCCGGAACGAUCUGUGUUUGUAACAGGAGACAGGGUUUGGCAGGAAGGCUCUUCUGCUCCUCUCUCCUCUCUCCUCUCCUCUCCUCCUCCUCUCCUCUCCUCUCCUCUCCUCUCCUCUCCUCUCCUCUCUCCUCCAGGUACAUUUCCAUUUUAAUCAGUUAGCAGACGCUCUUAUAAAGAGCCACUUACAGGAGUAAUUAGGGUUAAGUGCCUUGCUCAAGGGCACAUCGACAGAUUUUUCACCUAGUCGUCUCGGGGAUUCAAACUGGCGCAACGCUCUUAACCACUUAACCUGCCACCCCCAAACUAAAAUUAUCCUCCAGGGAUGGUAACAGAACUAAACAGAUCCACCAAACUGUAAAACUCUCCUCUCUCCUCCAGGUAUGGGAACAGUACCAAACAGUACAAGGUGAGGGUUGGGGACUACCAUUCUCUGGUUCCAGAGGAGUUUGAGGAGGAGUACGCCGUCGAUCAGAUCAUCCUGCACCCUAGCUACCGUGCCCAUAGCAACGACUAUGACCUGGCGUUGGUGCGUCUGUCGCCGGGCGUGGCGGGGAAGGGCCGGGGCCGCUGCGUGACGUUCAGUCGGAACGUCCUGCCCGCCUGCCUGCCGCUUCGCAAGGAGAGAGUCCUGAAACAGGCUUCCAACUGUCACAUCACAGGCUGGGGGGACACAGGUGAGGGGAGGGGAGGGGAGGGUGGAGGGGAGGGGAGGGGAGGGGGGGUGUGGUGUGGUGUGGUGUGGUGUGGUGUGGGGCUGGGGGGACACAGGGGAGGGGAGGGGAGGGUGGAGGGAAGGGGAGUGGGGUGUGGUGUGGUGUGGUGUGGUGUGGGGCUGGGGGGACACAGGUGAGGGGAGGGGAGGGGAGGGUGGUGUGGUGUGGUGUGUGAAAGAGAGAGAUCUUGGUUUAGUCAGAAGAACAGAGAGCUGACACAUCUGUUAGUGAUGCUAUACUGUCAUAAUGACAUCAUCACUCACACCAGCGUUCAAACAGACACUGACCAGCUUGACGCUCACACAGAGUUCACUAAUGACUGUUUAGUUCACUAAUGACUGUUUGGUUUGUCUAUCUGAUAAAACAGAUUAAAGGACCAGUGGAAUGUUAAUUGUCUAUCUGAUAGAGCAGAUUAAAGGACCAGUGGAAUGUUAAUUGUCCAGUGGAAUGUUAAUUGUCCAGUGGAAUGUUAAUUGUCCAGUGGAAUGUUAAUUGUCCAGUGGAAUGUUCAUUGUCCAGUGGAAUGUUCAUUGUCCAGUGGAAUGUUAAUUGUCCAGUGGAAUGUUAAUUGUCCAGUGGAAUGUUAAUUGUCCAGUGGAAUGUUCAUUGUCCAGUGGAAUGUUCAUUGUCCAGUGGAAUGUUAAUUGUCCAGUGGAAUGUUAAUUGUCCAGUGGAAUGUUAAUUGUCCAGUGGAAUGUUAAUUGUCCAGUGGAAUGUUAAUUGUCUCUGUGUGUGUGUGUAUGUGUGUCCUCCAGGUCGGUCCUACUCUAAGACCCUCCAGCAGGCUCCUCUCUCCCUCCUCCCCCGUCGUCACUGCCAACAGCGUUACCAUGGAGCCUUCACUAGCCGCAUGCUCUGUGCCGGGACAGACAGCCAAUCAGAGCGCCGCGUGGACAGUUGCCGUGGGGACAGCGGCGGCCCGUUGGUGUGUGAGCGUCCGGGCGGAGGGUGGGUAGUGUACGGUGUGACAUCAUGGGGUCACGCCUGUCGCAUGCAACACUCACCUGGCGUCUACACUAAAGUCUCCGCCUUCACACCCUGGAUACACAAGGUGAUUGGACAAUGA